AUGAAAUUGCCCAAGAAUUGUAUUUCAUCGAUAUGUGAGAUUGGGAAGCUAAAGUCUCUUCAAGAACUGCAUAAGUUUAAACUUAAAGAUGUGAGUGGUUAUAGAAUUGGGGAGCUGAAGAAUAUGAAUGAUCUUUACAAAUUAGGAAUCAAUCGUCUUGAAAAUGUUAAGGAUGGCGAGGAGGCUCGUAAUGCCCAAUUAUGUGAAAAGAGGAGGCUCACAGAUUUGACCUUACGUUGGAGUCGUAGUCACAUUGAUUCGACGAACAACGAUUUAGAUGAGAAUGUGCUCAACAACCUUCAGCCACAAAAAUGUCUAACGAAUCUCAGCAUAAAGAGAUAUGUGGGUGCAAGGUCUGCAAUAUGGAUGAACAAUGUCAAUCCGAUCAUCAAUCUAGAGAAAAUCGAAUUGUCAGAUUGCAGUGAAUGGGAAACUCUUCCAUCUUUUGGGCAACUUCCCUUCCUCAAGUCACUAAGACUUUUAAGAAUGCCUAAAGUAAAAUGGCUCGAAAGUAAAUUUAAUGGGAAUGAUAAAUACCGUGCCUUUCCAUUGCUAGAGAAGUUAUAUAUUUGGGGAUUAGAAGCAUUAGAGGAUUGGUUUGAGGCAGGAGUAGCUGCUGAAGAUGGAUGUUUGUUUCCUUGCUUAAUUGAACUGGUGCUACGUAACUGCUCGAAGUUGAAAGAGUUUCCCUCUUUGCCUCCUAAGCUCAAGAGCUUGUGUAUAGAGAAAAUGGGGUGGAAGACUUUGAAUUUUUGUAGCAAUUCAAAUCCUAUUCCACUUGAAGAUUUAGAUGUCGUUGACUUUCCAAACAUUACAUCUAUUCCUCUGGCUGAUGAAAUAGCAAGGCUUGCAGCACUAAGAUACUCGAGAAUUAAAAAUUGCCCCAAUCUGAUCUCUCUGGGAAGAUAUCGAGAAGUGGAGACCACUAACAAUUGCCAGCUCAUGCUCAACGUUCUUGCGAUAAGUGAUCCAUCCGUGUUGCUAAUGGAGCCACUGAGAAGUAUCGCCUCUUUAAAAGUGCUGAAAAUUAAGGAUAAUGAUGAGGUGGUUUCGUUUCCAAAUGAGGUGGAGCAGUGGUUUCUGACUGUUAGGUCUUCUCUUUCUGAGCUGAUAAUUCUUCGUUUCGAAUCCUUACAGUCUCUCCCUUCCACCAUCGAAAGCUUAUCUUCACUUCAGCGUCUAUAUAUUUCGGACGUUCGUAUGCUUCGGGAAUUACCGAACCUUCCUCCCUCUUUGGAACGUCUAGAUAUUGAUGAAUGUCAUCCAGAGUUGAAGGAGCGCUAUGGAGAGGACGGAGGCUCCGAUCGGCACAAGAUUGCUCACAUUCCUAAUAUCAAAUUUUUUUAG